GAGGAGUGGGAGUAUUUAGAAGGACACAAGGAUCUCUACAAGGACGUCAUGAUGGACAAUCAGCCGCCCCUCACAUCACCGGAUGGAUCCAGUCAUGGGAAACCCACCAGAGAGAUGUCCCCGUCCUCUGUGUUCCCAGGAUUCCACACAGGAAGUCACAUGUCACACCAUCCCUCACCAUCAUCAGGUAGAUGAUUGACAAGUAUUGGAACCCACAAGAGAGAUGUCCCCGUCCUCUGUAUUCCCGGGAUUCCACACAGGAAGGUCACACCAUCCCUCACCAUCAUCAUCAGAGUGGAAACCUGAGAGAUCCUAAAGCUGAUGUUAAGGAAGAGAUAAAAGAGGAGGAUGAGAGUGUAUGGAGUGAUGGAGGAGUCAGAGUUUUCUAAAGGAGACAAAGAUCUGUACCAGGACACCAUGGUGGAGUCCAUCCAGCUACAGGAACCCACCAGAGAGAUGUCCCCGUCCUCUGUAUUCCCGGGAUUCCACACAGGAAGGUCACACCAUCCCUCACCAUCAUCAGGUAGAUGAUGACAAUUAUUGGAACCCUCCAGAGAGAUGUCCCCGUCCUCUGUAUUCCCGGGAUUCCACACAGGAAGGUCACACCAUCCCUCACCAUCACAAGGUUGGUGGGAUGGAGAAUCUAGAACAUACUGGAAAGUAGAAGAUGAGGACAUCACACAGUAUAGUCCAGGAGUGGGAGUAUUUAGAAGGACACAAGGAUCUCUACAAGGACGUCAUGAUGGACAAUCAGCCGCCCCUCACAUCACCGGAUGGAUCCAGUCAUGGGAACCCACCAGAGAGAUGUCCCCGUCCUCUGUAUUCCCGGGAUUCCCCACAGGAAGGUCACACCAUCCCUCACCAUCUCAGGUAGAUGAAUCCAGUCAUGGGAACCCACCAGAGAGAUGUCCCCGUCCUCUGUAUUCCCGGGAUUCCACACAGGAAGGUCACACCAUCCCUCACCAUCAUCAGGGUGAAGAUCUGAUGAAGAUGAAAGUUGAGGGUGAAGUAGAAGAGACGUAUGUGAGGGAUGAUCAGCAAUAUACGGAGGAGGCUGGAAUGAUGAGGACAUUCAAAGAGGAGGACACUCCUACAGAGAUCAGCACAGGUGAGACACAAUAUAUUCUUCUGUUAUCUCUGCUCUGUUACUGCACACUGAUU